AGAACUUUGGGCGGAGUUGGGGGCAGCCUUCCCGGAACGGGGCGGGGAGGGGGCAGCGGCGGCGCGGUGACCCGGGCUCAGCGCGCAGACCUAGAUCCGAGAUUGACCCUGCCGGUCCCUUUGCGCAGGGGCUUCUUUUCCAAGAGCAAACACCUGCUCCCCAGCGCUGCGCCUUCACCUGUGGCCGCUGGAAGAGUCUAGGGUCCUGCCCCCGUUGAGAGAAUGGCUUCCUCGGGGCCCCAAACAAGGAAACAUGACAAUCACAGUGACCACCUUGUACAACCCACCAACCCAAACGUAGCAGCAAUGCAAGAAGACGUCCUCUACCAUUUCAGUCUCAGCACCAGCACGCAUGAUUUCCCUGCGAUGUUCGGAGAUGUGAAGUUCGUGUGUGUUGGGGGAAGCCCUACCCGGAUGGAGGCCUUUGCCAAAUACAUGGCCAAGGAGCUGGGCCUUGACCACCCAGGUGCGGAGUAUCCCAACAUCUGCAGGGGGACCGACCGCUACGCCAUGUUCAAAGUGGGCCCCGUGCUGUCUGUCAGCCACGGCAUAGGCAUCCCCUCCACCUCCAUCAUGCUGCACGAGCUCAUCAAGCUUCUCUACCACGCCCACUGCUCCGACGUCACCGUCAUCCGCAUCGGCACGUCCGGGGGGAUUGGUCUGAAGCCUGGCUCUGUGGUCAUCACCCGGCAGGCGGUGGAUGCCUCCUUCAAGCCAGUGUUCGAGCAGGUGGUCCUGGGGAAGCGGGUGGUUCAGAGGACGCACCUGGAUGAGGAGCUCGCGGAGGAGCUGAUGCAGUGUGCUUUGGAUCUGCUGGAGUUCCCCACGGUCCUAGGGAACACCAUGUGCACCUCAGACUUCUAUGAAGGGCAAGGCCGUCUGGACGGCGCGCUCUGCUCCUACACAGAGAAGGACAAGCAGAAGUACUUGCAGGCAGCCCACUCGGCUGGCAUCUGCAACAUCGAGAUGGAGUCUUCGGUCUUGGCGGCCAUAUGCGGUGCAUGCAGCAUCCCAGUGGCCGUGGUGUGUGUCACUCUGCUCAACCGCCUGGAGGGGGACCAGGUCAGCAGCCCCCACGAGGUGCUGGUCGAGUACCAGCAACGGCCACAACGGUUGGUGAGCCACUUCAUCAAGAAGCGCCUCGCGGCCGCCCAAAACCCCCUGAAUCUCUAAAGACGCGCGGUUACGAUUGCUGCAAAUUAAGUCACCAUCGGGCGCCCGGCCUGCUCAGUCAUGAGAGCAUGCGGCUCUUGAGAUCUCGGAGUCCUGAGCUCAAGCCCCACGCUGGGUGCAGUGAUUACUUAAAUAAAUAA